UACUAGUAGAUAGAGAAGGGAAAGGCAGCGACCUUAUCAGCAGACCCACCCCCAUCCCUCGCCGUCCCCCUCCACGCUCCCUCCGUCUCGCUCGCGCCCUGCCUUUAUUUCCAAGCCGCGCACGCCGCACGCUCUCCCGUCUCCUGCCCCCCUCGACGGUGCCGGUACGGUGGCUCUGUGAUCCUCCCCGUGCCUGACUUAUAACAGCUCCCCGCCGCCACCCACGCGCGUCUAGACCCUUCUUCUCGAUCCCCUCCUUCCUCCUAGCUAGGUCGUCCUGCGCCUAUAAACGCACAGACACAGCCUCUACUUUGCCUGCCUCUCCUUCCCUCCCGCUUGUGGCUUCGUCCUUCGGUGCUUCUCGUUUUAGGAGUGAGGCAGCCAACGGGGUUGCUAAAGGCACAGCUAGCGAAGCUUCUGCAGCACAGCGUCUCGUCGAGAAGUCGAGAAGCUAGCUCGCUUCUGCCAGAGGUCCUGCAGGCAGGUGAGGUCUAGCGGCCGUGCUGGUGGUGCUGAGGUAAGGGAAGCUGCUGCACGCGAGCAGCGCGCGCCCGAUCGAGACCGUGAAGCUGGCGGCCGGCAAGUGGUGGGAGCGGCCAGAUGACACGGCCAUGCCCGGAAUGGACCCGGGCGGAGGCGGCAGCUCGCGCUACUUCCACCAGCUGCUCCGGCCGCAGCAGCAGCAGUCCUCGCCGCUGUCGCCCAACUCCCACGUCAAGAUGGAGCACCACAGGAUGUCUCCAGACAAGAGCCCCGUCGGCGAGGCCGAGGCGGGCGGGAGCGGCGCCGGCGCCGACCAGCCGUCCUCGUCGGCCAUGGUCCCGGUCGAGGGUGGCGGCAGUGGCAGCGGGACAGGAGGCACGCCCACGCGGCGGCCGCGCGGCCGCCCGCCGGGCUCCAAGAACAAGCCCAAGCCGCCCAUCAUCGUGACGCGCGACAGCCCCAACGCGCUGCACUCGCACGUGCUCGAGGUCGCGGCCGGCGCCGACGUCGUCGACUGCGUCGCAGAGUACGCGCGCCGCCGGGGCCGCGGCGUGUGCGUGCUCAGCGGCGGGGGCGCCGUCGUCAACGUGGCGCUCAGGCAGCCCGGCGCGUCGCCCCCCGGGAGCAUGGUGGCCACGCUGAGGGGCCGGUUCGAGAUCCUCUCACUCACCGGAACGGUGCUGCCGCCGCCCGCUCCUCCGGGCGCCAGCGGCCUCACGGUGUUCCUCUCCGGCGGGCAGGGCCAGGUCAUCGGCGGGAGCGUGGUGGGCCCCCUGGUCGCCGCGGGGCCCGUCGUCCUGAUGGCUGCGUCGUUCGCGAACGCCGUGUACGAGCGGCUCCCGCUGGAGGGGGAGGAAGAGGAGACAGCAGCCGCGGCUGCCGCUGGCGCUGAGCCACAAGAUCAAGUGGCGCAGUCGGCUGGACCCCCGGGUCAGCAGCCGACGGCGUCCCAGUCAUCUGGUGUGACCGGAGGCGACGCCGCCGGCGGUGGCGGCAUGUCGCUCUACAACCUCGCCGGGAAUGUAGGGGCCUACCAGCUACCGGGAGACAACUUCGGAGGCUGGAGUGGAGGCGGUGGCGGCGGAGUCCGGCCACCGUUUUGAUCCAUGCCUGCCUUGAGAUACCGCCUGAUUCGCAUCCACAUCAUCACAGAGAUUCAAAUGGUGUGCCGACAAGCUCUUGCCAUCGGAAACCGGGGGUUGAAGCUAGGCUAUGGACAGGGCCGUUCCUGACUUUUCAGGGGCCCAGUGCGAAAUCCGAUAUGGAGGGUCCAUCCACACACAAAUAUAUAUAAUUAUACAUACAUAUUAAAUAUUUGACGUAUAAAAAUUAUUAUACACUUUUUUUAUGUUUAUAAGAUAACAAAUGUAAAAUAUAGCCAAAAACACUUACUUCUCAUCUGAUACGAAGUCAUCACUUAUAUCGUUGAGAUCAAUUUCAUACAACAACUUUUUUCGAUAUAUAGAAUCGCCAAGUCAUUUAACA